CGUUUGGUGUAAACCCACAGUAAUUCGUGUCAUUCGCAUCGCCCCGCGCGAGGACGCGUCUGAUCGCGUCUUUGCAUUGACUUUGUAUGUAAUCUACUCGCGCAAAUCGUUGAACUCGCGUUUGGUGUGUAUGCCCCAUUAUACUUGAGUAUAAAUGAGUAAAAAUGCAUUUCUGAAGUUGUGCUUUAAAUUAUGAUCACUUUUAGUUAUUGCGAUUCUAUAGGUGAAUAUAUACAUUAGCCCACUUAAUACUAACUACUUCUAAACCACUCAAUCCUCUCUGUUUUUUCACAAUAUUUAAGGCACCGCUAUUCAGUCCUAUUGUAAUGGACAGAUCGUUCCCUAAGGUAGCCAUGGUUACUACAAGGGCAUCAACUGAUGGAUAGAGACGCUCUUUCAGACGUCUGGAAUAAAAGAGAGGCAGUUUUGAAGAGGCAAUGCAGGGUGAUGGAGGAGGGAUUCAGAUCUGAACAAAAUAAAAUGGCCAUAGAGAAUGGACUUCUUUCAGAGAUAUAGAGCGGUCGGUCUAAUUUGCACUUUCCCUCACAGACCCGCGCUGACAGCAGACGUUUUUAUCAGUAAGGAACACACUGCAUGGAGAGAAACACAUUCGUUUCAAUGCCGAGUCCUUGCCGAGGACAAUGGCCCAGCAGGACGGAACAUAAUCGUUUUUUUUUUUAAAGAAUCAGAGCAAACAUUAUUUAGCCGUAUUUAUUUGCCAAGUAAACAACGGUGCACAGUGGAACUAAACAUGGCUUUGUGAUGAAGGCCAACAGAUGCUCAUAAUGCAGGCGAAAGUGUUGCAAUGACUUUCCUCAAAAAGAUUUUUCUCACUUUGUAGUACUUACACUAGCAGUCAGACCAUGUACAUGUGGUCAUCCUUUAAUAAUACUUUUAUAAACAUUUAUAGAUCAUCAACGUUUUUUUUAUUUUUUGCUUUACAGUUCUGUAAAGACAUCCAUACCAUAGCUAUUUUAGUCUACACACUUUUUUCAAUGCAAGAUUGGGUAAAAUAUGAAGAAACCCAGCCAUUGGUCUAUAUUAAUUUAUAAAAUGUCAAUGUUUGACCCAACUAUGGGUUGACACAACCCAAUAUUUUUGGAGUGCGGUAAAGUGUAAGCCUAUAGAUCAAAUGGGUUUUAAAAUCAUGUCUAGGCUCUUGAUUGGUAGUGAAUGUUUUAUAACAAAUCAGAAGCAUAUUUUUCGAAGUCACUUAGUAGGAGCUUUACUUUUUGUGAUGUUGGUGUUUUGAUUAUCACAGUGAAGAACUGUACAACAUGUCCUCAGAUGAAUUUUGGUAAGAUGCUCACCUUUCCAUCUUUAUGCUGAGGGACUAAGUGCAGUAAGUCAAAAUCUCACUAAAUGCAAAUCCAGUCAUCUCAUUCCUCAUUAGAGAACAGACAUCUAAUAAAUCACGUCUUUUCAUUCAAUGAUAAGCAUGUACAUGCGUGUGUGCGUGUCAUGUCUUAUUUAGAAAAACAUUCAUGUCUCAUGGGCUCAUCCAGCUCUCCACCCACUUAUUUUGUCUCAGUUUUCAUUAAAUGCCUUUAUUUCUUAAACGAUAUCAGCUUUUUUUAAAGAGGGAGAAGUCCCUCAGUCAGUACAAUAUGUUGCAUCCUAAUUUCCUGUUUUAGUGGACAUAACGUUGAUCCACUGAACAAAGCUGUGCAUAUCGAAGUACUCGAGUGGGUCUUUAACACUUAAUUUGCAUUCAUAUUUUGUGUGUCACAUUUCAAAUACUAUAUGUUAUUGUGCGUCUAGUGAUCAACUUUGACUUGGCUUGAUUGUAAUUAGUCAGUUCGGUGUCAAAAUAUAGAGAAAAGUUUGGAGAGAGGUUUUUCUGUAGUUUUAUAUACAUUAAUGAUGCUGCCUGGGGCCUCUGAGAUCUACAGUGUGCUUCUGAGGGGGUGGAUGAGUGAUUAGAUGUCCUCUCAUCGUUUGUGCUUCUGUGCUAAUAAAUAACCUGCAAACGCAAAUAAACAGACGCAUCCAUCAUAAGUGCGUCUCACAGACAGUGACUGAUUUCCGUUUCGGCACUCCUGAGGGUGCUGAUACGUGACACUGGCACUUUUAUUGUGAGAGAUGAUGGCUUCCAGUGAUCCAAUAUAGUCGUGGGUGACAUUAUUACUGAGUUGUGCAGAGACGCCCGCCCUGGCUGAGUGAGCAGGCUUGCAGCUUUAGAACCCAUGUGAAUAGGUGUAGCUCUGCGGCUCCGACAGAUGGCCAGAGCUGCCCCGAUUCAGUCACACUGUUGCCGAAUGAAUGCCGGCUCGGAGAGACUCCCAGAAAGACUGGAAAAAACACAGUCUGAGGAAUAGUACGGAGAGCAAGAAAAGAUGGAGUGAUAGAGUUUCCCCCGGUUGUGAGAGAAUAAGGGAAAUGGGAACGUGUUAAUAUGCAUGAGGGGAAGAGUUACUGCCUGAGAGAGAAACAGAAAGAGUGUGUUCGAACCACGCCUCCUUCUUUUAACAUCUCUGUGUGUCUAUAUCAGGGGAUCGGCUAUGAGAGAGCCCACUCGCACGGCUGACCGAGGGGGAGCCAAGUCAGGGGUGGUCUGCCGUGGACUGGACAGGUGACGGAUCAUUACAUUCGCCUCUCGUAGUUACAUUGUUUCGGCGAAGGAUUCGGAAGUGGACAUCAGUAAGGUUGAGAAGACACUCUGAGGUUAAAGCCAUGGCAGUGGGGUGGAGACCAGCCACCCUUCUCCUUGUCUUCAUCUUCACGUUCCUCUUGCCCUCGGAUGGAACCAUGUACCUUUCAGGCAAGAGGCUGAGGUCACGUCUUCAGAGGGAUCGACGAAAUGUUCGUCCAAACAUCAUUUUAAUACUUACAGAUGAUCAAGACAUUGAACUUGGCUCCAUGCAGGCCAUGAACAAAACCAGGCGUAUAAUGAUGCAAGCCGGCACCCACUUCUCCAAUGCGUUCGCCACCACGCCAAUGUGCUGCCCUUCUCGAUCCUCAAUAUUGACCGGGAAAUAUGUGCACAACCACCACACCUACACCAACAAUGAGAACUGCUCCUCUCCGUCCUGGCAGGCCCACCAUGAACCACAUACGUUUGCCGUCCACCUUAACAAUUCAGGCUACAGGACUGCCUUUUUUGGGAAGUACCUUAAUGAAUACAAUGGCUCAUAUGUACCACCUGGCUGGAGAGAAUGGGUAGCACUCGUCAAAAACUCUCGUUUCUACAACUACACUUUGUGUCGAAAUGGUAUGCUGGAAAAGCAUGGAACAGAGUACCCGAAGGAUUAUCUUACUGAUUUGAUCACAAGCGACAGCAUCAAAUUCUUCCGUACGUCAAAGCGAAUGUACCCGCACAGGCCCGUCCUGAUGGUACUGAGCCACGCUGCCCCUCAUGGCCCUGAGGAUGCUGCACCUCAAUACAGCAAUGCCUUUCCCAAUGCAUCUCAACAUAUAACCCCGAGUUACAACCACGCUCCCAACCUAGACAAGCAUUGGAUUCUGCGAUACACUGGACCCAUGAAACCUGUUCAUAUGCAAUUCACCAAUAUGUUACAGAGAAGACGACUGCAGACUUUGUUGUCAGUGGAUGACAGCGUUGAGAAGGUGUACAACAUGUUGGUGGAAACCGGAGAGCUGGAGAGCACCUACAUCAUCUACAUGUCUGACCACGGCUAUCACAUUGGCCAGUUUGGACUUGUCAAGGGCAAAUCGAUGCCGUAUGAAUUUGACAUCCGAAUCCCUUUCUAUCUCAGAGGUCCCAAUGUGGAAGCUGGUGCCAUUAAUGCACACAUGGUCCUAAACAUUGACCUGGCUCCUACCCUGCUUGACAUGGCUGGAAUAGAUAUUCCACUGGACAUGGAUGGCAAAUCUAUCCUCAAGCUACUGGAGACAGAAAAACCAGUCAACAGUUUCACUAGGUUUCAUUUCCACAAGAAGGCGAAAGCGUGGCGGGAUUCUUUCCUAGUAGAGAGGGGAAAACCCCUGCAUAAGCAAGCAGAUGGCAAAGAGGUGGAACAGAAUUCCCUGCCAAAAUAUAAGCGGGUCAGAGAUCUCUGUCAAAGAGCGGAGUACCAGACUCCCUGUGAGCAACCAGGCCAGAAGUGGCAGUGUAUUGAGGAUACCACCGGUAUGCCGAGGUUAUAUAAGUGUAAAGGGAUGGCGGGUCUUUAUGCACCUCGUGCUCUCGCUCUGAUGGCUUCCAGCGGGGCGCAGAACUACAGAGCUCGAUCGACAUCAUCUAACUGUGAUUGUGAACCCACUGUGCCUCUCAAGAGGAAAAAGUCGCUCACCAAAAAGACUGCACAGUCGAAGUCCAAGAAGAGUUUGCCAAGAAAUCGUUGGGCCCGCUCUGCUCCUUAUCACCUGGACUCAGAUGUUUACACGCUGGACCUGGAAAAGGGCUACCAGCCUCUCAAACUGAAUCACACCAGGUUUAAACUGGGCAGAAAGCAGGCUGUGUAUGGAGAAAAUGAAGAGUUCAGUGGAAUGGAUCCCGCAGACACCAACAUCAACAGUCUUACGCCACCUGCUGCACUUAAAGUCACCUACAGAUGCUCAAUACUGAUGAAUGAUACAGUCAGAUGUGAUGGUGGAUUAUAUAAAUCUCUGCAAGCAUGGAAAGAUCACAAAGUUCACAUUGAGCAUGAGAUUGAGACAUUGCAAACCAAAAUAAAGAACCUUAGAGAGGUCAAAGGGCAUCUAAAGCAGGCGCGACCUAAGGAAUGUGAAUGUAACCAAAACAUGUUUCAGCCCCCAAACAGUAAUCUGUUCAAACUCAAAUCAGGCCGGACACAUUCUCUCAAUAGAAUGGCCUCCAAAGAUAAGAAACAGUGGCUGAUGAAAGAUCAAAAACGCAGGAAGAAGUUAAGGAAGUUUCUUAAGCGACUCCGAAAUAAUGACACCUGCAGCAUGCCCGGCCUUACCUGCUUUACCCAUGACAACCAGCACUGGCACACUGCCCCCUUCUGGACAAUGGGACCGUUCUGUGCUUGCACAAGUGCCAACAACAAUACUUACUGGUGUUUAAGGACCAUCAAUGAGACCCACAACUUCCUGUUUUGUGAGUUCGCCACCGGUUUCCUGGAGUAUUUUGAUCUCAACGCAGAUCCUUAUCAGCUGUUGAAUGCUGUGAGCACGCUCGAUCGUGAUGCAGUCAACCACAUGCAUCAGCAGCUCAUGAAACUGCGCAGCUGCAAAGGUCACAAGGAGUGCGAUCAGGAGACAGGUGGUAAAGAAAAAAACUCUUUUUAUGAUUACAGGCCCUUACAUCGCCGAAAGAGGCCAAAAGUGAAGAAAGCCUCCUCCAAAUCAAUGGGCCAAAUUUGGGAAGGAUGGGUUGGUUAGAUUUGUCUUUGCUCUCGAUCGUGAAGGACACUCACAGAAGUGGAAUGUGAGGUGAUGAACUUCUGACCUGAGGACAGUGAGCACACUGCCGUCUCUCUUGAAGGAUGGAUUUGCUCUCUCUUUGAAUGCAGUUGUCUUUGUUUCCAUCCACUACAUUUUUGGACGACUUUUUGACAAAUAUCAUGGUUUUACCAUAAUGGACACUUGGAUUUAAUAACUAUCGGAGGAGACGCACAACAUUAUGUGGCACAAAAUAGAAAACUCAUCACUUUGCAAUGUGGUGUUAUUGUUUUUCAUUGAUGCCGUGUUUCUGUUAGACUCUGAUGUGCGACUGUGAUGCUGUGAUAAGUCAGAGCGCUAACACUUCUGCUGCUGUGCAUAUUCUAAUACAACUUUAAAAGUGGAAAUAAAGCAACCAUCAGAUGUUGAAUUCAUAAUACUUUACUCAUUUUGUACUAUAUGAUGUAAAUGUCAUCUGCAACCUAUGCGAUUGGGUGAUUCUCACGAAAUCCUGACUUAAAAGGUGUCCAGUAUCAGAUUUUUUUUUAAAGCCAUUGAAGCCAAUUUUUUUGCACAUAUAAGAUUAAGGUCUGAACUUACUAUAACCAUUAUUUUUAGAGGAUUUAAUUUGUUUUCCUAUAGACUUAUUUUAAUUUUUUAGAUUAUCAUUAUAAAAAUUAUCAUUACCGCAACAUGAUAUUACAUUAAAUAUAUGCAUUUACAAACUCAUGUUUCGGUAAUGAGAACUAAAAAGUUGUCAAGGUACUAUGACAAAAAAAUUCAACUUUCUGGAGAGAAAAAAUAAGAACUGCUUACCUGGUAGCCAUCUUGAGUGUCACAAUCAAUUAUGUCCCUUCCAACAAUUUUUGUUUGAAAAUGUUAGUUCCUUGAGGGCUUAAAAACAAUGAUUGAAAAUUGUUGCGGAGGAUGAGAAAUUUUUUCUUGGACACAUUUAUAUUCCUUAUUAUUGUCUCUACAUUUACCAAUGAUCACCAAAUACCACAUGUUUCUUUACUGUAAAUGUUUAUAGUAUAACAUGCACUGAAGCUUUUUAUUUUUUAGAUUUUUUAAUUAUAUUUCCAUGUCAAAGAACCAAAAUCCAUUCAUGGACACAUUGCGGUAAUGAAAAUUUUCCCCUUAAAUGUGAAAACAAAAAACAAAAUUGGUUUGUAUGAUGUAAUUUAAAAUCAUGUGCAAAAUAGUACACGAAGAGAUGUUUGUAACUGUAUGCUUCUUAUUUUGAUACUCUUACUUUGCAUUUACUUUUUUUUUAAUGUUUAAUGACACCUCAUAAGUCUAAUUUCGCGAGAAUCAUCCGAUUAUGUUUAUGGAAAUAUGUUGCUUAUCAUUUAAAACAUGGUGCUACUGUAACACUUGGAACUGAAUGAAGCAUUAUGUUUUUGAAUGUAUGUGUAAUUAAUGUAAAUAUUUUUACCAGACUGAACAUACAGGAGUUUCUCUUUCUGACAGACAGUAUGAAUGUAUGAAAGGAGAAUACCCUUCAGUCUAACAAAAGUUUUAAGUUUAUUUGAAUGCACUUAUGAAUAACAAACUAAAUGGUUUUGCAGUAUGUGUUGUAGUUAUGAAAUUUCACCAGUGUAGUUGUUUUCAUGAACAAGUUCCUUCCUUUUGUUUUAUUUUGCCCUGAAACCUGGAAAACAAUGAAGAUAUGUUAGUUUGUAAAUAAAGUGUUACAUACUUGUGCAUA